CUCUCUACGCCGCUUGCAAACCUCAAGACACGACAAGGCCCCUCUGAUGGAGCGAGCGUGUGUCGCCUCCUCUAUUUGCGUAGCGGAGGCUCCACCUUUCAAGCAUUGCAGUGACCUCAGCAGUGGGCUGAAUUGAGCUGGGUGGGAUUUUCAGGCUCGUAUUCCCGAUCGCGUAUUCAAGGAUCAAGAUUUAACGGUGUAUGUGACGGAGCGAAUAAGCGUUUAGCCGGUUCGCGCUGAACGGUGCAGGAUUUGUGUUCGGGUUUGCGUGCAUCUAACGACAGGGAUCAAAUAAACGAGGAAUGUGGGAUUUACAGAAUGCCCAACAGCGUUGGAAAAAGAUUUAAACCCACCAAAUACAUCCCGGUGUCCACUGCCGCCACUCUUCUGGUGGGAUCCACUACUUUAUUCUUCGUUUUCACGUGUCCGUGGUUAACCAAGGCCAUCUCUCCUGUUGUGCCUCUAUACAAUGGCAUCGUCUUCCUCUUUGUGCUGGCCAACUUCAGCAUGGCCACCUUCAUGGAUCCCGGAGUCUUUCCCAGAGCGGACGAGGACGAAGACAAAGACGAUGAUUUCCGAGCUCCGCUUUAUAAAAACGUGGAGAUAAAGGGAAUUCAGGUGCGGAUGAAGUGGUGUGCCACAUGCCACUUUUAUAGACCUCCGCGCUGCUCGCACUGCAGCGUGUGUGACAACUGUGUUGAGGAGUUUGACCAUCACUGCCCAUGGGUGAACAACUGCAUUGGCCGGAGGAAUUAUCGAUAUUUCUUCUUGUUCCUGCUGUCUUUAAGUGUUCACAUGGUGGGCGUGUUUUCCUUUGGCCUGCUGUUCGUCUUACACCACCUUGAAAGGCUGAGUGCGCUUCACACAACUGUGACUCUUGUGGUUAUGUGUGUGACUGGCCUGUUCUUCAUCCCUGUUGUGGGCCUCACUGGGUUCCACAUGGUUCUUGUAGCCAGAGGACGAACCACAAAUGAACAGGUGACAGGAAAGUUCCGAGGAGGAGUGAAUCCAUUCACUCGGGGUUGCUGUGGCAACGUGAAACAUGUCUUAUGCACUCCGCUUGCUCCUAGGUACAUCGCUGAUCCCAGGAAGAAAAUUCCCAUCACCAUGAAACCGCCUUUCCUCCGCCCUGACCUUUCUACCCGACACAUCAGUGUUAAAGUCAGUGAUAAUGGUAUCCAUAGUAACAUCCUACAAAGCAAAUCUAAGACCAGUCUGGAUGGUGUGGAUGAUAAAAGUAUAGAUACACAACCACCUCUGCCACCCAAAGCAGACCGCUACAACCAGCUCAAGAGUCAACUCACCUCCAGUGAAGAGAGUUCCCUGUCCAGCAAACCCACCAAUCCAUCCACCCCAGCCAUGUACAAAUAUCGACCUUCCUUCGGCACCAUGCCUAAAGUGCACUACCACGCAACCGGAGAGAAGAUUGUAAUGUCCGAGAACGGUAAGCCCUCUGCAGUUUUGGAGGAGAGAGGUCACGAUUACCGCUCAGAGCCGAAUCUGGAUAUGCCUGACUUCCGCAGCACUCCUCUGCACCGAACUUACCAGUCCUCACCUUUCCAGCUGGACUCUUUCAGCACGACAUCUCGCUCAUUCAGUUUGAAACAGGGAGUGAACAGGGCUGACCAGAUGCCACUGGGUGGCAGCAAACCAGAAACGGUCACUUCUACCCCUCACAAAGGAGUCUUCUCCCCUGGGACGAUAUCUGGCCGCAAUGGCAGCCUAUCCUACGAUAGCUUACUAAGCCCCAGCGUAACGCCAUCUGUGGGCGAGUGCGCUGCCCACCCAGGAGUGCCCUCUAUGGGUUUCCAUUCACCCUACUUGCCCACCAAAAUGUGCCACGUACGAGGGCCUGAGCUUCAACGCCACGUUGGUCCGCCAUCGUAUAGUCCCGUGCACGUAGGAGCAAUGUACGGACGGCAAUCUCCACUUUCAAGAGAACGCGACCCCUCGCCUGUCCGCUACGACAACCUUUCUAAAACCAUCAUGGCCUCCAUCCAGGAGAGGAAGGAGCUUGAGGAGAGGGAGAAACUCAUGCAUCGGCACGCUCAAGCACCGGUGGCCUACGCCAACGAUUCAGGUGUGUUUGACACUUGCAGUGGAGCCGCCUAUGGACUCCCACAUGGGACGUGCUACCCCGAUGGCCCUAGAGGCCCUGGAUCCCGAGAGCCCACCCCUCCUGUGUGCGGCUCUCGGGAUAACUUAAUGGGAGUUGGGGUAGUGGGAUACGGUCCCCGAACGCCUGUUCUGCGUUCCUCCGCAUCCUCGCUCGCUAGAGCUCCGAGGACUUCUACUACGUCUCUCCACACUGAUGGAGGCGGUGUGAGCAGGACGGGCGAACACCAAUAUCGCUCUCCGGUGCACCAAAUGCAUCACUCCCCAACAGCUGUGCCCCGUUCCCCAUCAUACGCGCAUCAGAAGGUCGCCUUCAUUAGUGCUCUGGAGAGGGCAGACUCACCACAUCUUGGUACAAGAGAUGACCUUGGUCAAGGUAAAGUCAACGGGCAACUAAAGGGCCAAGCACGUGACUGCCAUCUAGGGACUCCUUCUGGAACUCCCAGCAGACACACCAGUGUCAAAAAGGUCACCGGAGUGGGCGGCACUACAUAUGAGAUUUCCGUUUGACGGACAGCUUGAAGAGCCACUGCCUGUGAGGAAAAGCACUGCCAUGGCAACACCACCUCCACUUGUGCUCUCUUUCUGUCCACAGUUUUUUGAAAUAAUAUUGAAACUGACCGAUCAUGAGACACGCAGUAUCUGGGGCAGUUCUGGUUUUGCAUUAGCCAUUUCUUUGCUAAAGAGAUGGCAAGCAACUUUCCACGUGACCCAAUGUAAAAUAUAACGGGAGUGCUUCGUCAAAGAAGCGUUGUGUGUGUUUUUAAAAUAUCAGCCAUCAGGAUAUAAAUCGCACACUACAGAAAAUACUAGUUUAAUUGCUUAAAAUGGAAAUUUAAAAUAUAUAUACAAUAAGGGCUGAAUAUGUACAGUGUCACUUCAGUUGUUUGUAUAUAAAAGGUCAAAGGUCGCAUAUUGAAUGCAAGUGCGCUGAAUAUGCUGAUCUUUCACACACUUGAAUGUGAGUGUAUAUGUAACUCCAUUACUACUAUGUUUUUGUCAUUAUGCUGAUCUAAUAAUCAGGGUGUCAUCUCAAAUGCAUUUCUCUGUUAAGCUAUCAGGUUCCAAACAAACCAUAACAGCACUUGUGUACUUUAAAAAAACAAAAAAAACAAAGCAGAAGUUUUAUUUUUCAAAUAUGGUGGUCAUUUACACUUUUUGUAAUGUAAAACUAUAAGCUGCCAUAAAAAUAAACAUACAUGUGUAUAUGUACAAUUUAAAAAAAGAAAAUGGGAAAAAAAAAAUACUGAUACUGGCUGUUAUCACCAGUUUGUUAAAACUUUCUUUUAAACUUUUUCUUUAUAAAAAAGUAUUUUAUAGUGGAAGAAAUAUGAAUAUGUAAACCGAAACACACCACUGUGUAUUAGCAGUACUGGCCACACGUUAAAGCCAUAUUUUACCAUGUUUUACAGUCGUGAUCUUCUCAAGUUGCUUUAACGCUUUACCAUUUCCAUUUAUUUGUAAUAGAUUAGAAAUACAUAAUGAUGGUGAUUCAUGGCUGCAUCCCAAAUAUUUUCAUUUCUUUUAUUUUUAUAAUGCCUUUUUUUAACCCAGCUUUCAAAAGUUUGGUAUAUUUCAGUUUUUAUACAGAUAUUCAAAUGGGUGGGUGUUUGGAUUUUUUGAGUGGAUUUUUUCAUUUUCCAUUACUUUUUUGCAUAUUUUAUAAUUUAUUUGUACAAAUUAAUUAGUAUCCAUUGCCAUUUUGAUUAGUUUGAAGCAGUACUUUUGUUUUUUUGUUUUUUGUUUUUUUUUCAGUGAAUGAAUGUUGAACGAUUAAGAUGUUACUACAGAAAGUUUUAGGAAAUUUUGUUCAAGAAAGUUGAAGUGAAGAUGCUUGUUUUUUGAAUGCUGGAUCCAUUUGAGAGACAUAAUAUGACAUGCUUUUUAUAAACUGCUGUUCAAGUUUGGGGUCAGUAAGUUUUUUGUUUUUUUUUUAAAGAAAGAAAUGGAUUAAAUUGACGUUAAAUUGAUCAAAAGUGAUAGUAAAGACAUUUACAUUGUUACAAACAUACUAUUUAUAAUUUCUAUUAUUUCUUUUAAACUUUUUCUGUUCAAAAGUUUACAAUAGUACUGUUUUACUGUAGUUUUGAUCAAAUAAACAAAGCCUUGGUGGGCAUAAAAGAAAUGUUAUAAACUUACAAGACACAAAAUUUUGAAUGGUAGUGUAUAUCUAAAGAAAUUUGUUCGUAUGUCCCUGUCACAUCAUUCAGUUUGGCUAAGGAAAUUUAAAGCCUCACCUUCUCUUCUCACUUCUUUUUUUUUUUUUUUAUUUUGGUUAAAAGAGAGAUACAUCUUGGAGAUUGCAAGACAUGCUGAUUUAAAAACAUAUAUAUAAAUAAAUAAAUAAAUAAAGUGACAGGCAUUUAUGUAAUUAAAAGCUAAAAAUGAAAAAUAAAUCUGCUUUAAAUGUAAUUAUUUUUUUCUCGAAAUUAAAAGGACAGCACAGGUGAAAGUGGCAAAUAUCUACCUGUUAACUGAACUUCACACUGUGGCCUGUUUCAAUUAAAGACCUAACAAUUUUAUAAGAAUCAUUUUGUAGUGAAGUGUUGAUUUAUGCUAUCGACAUCUUUGACAGGGUGAUCUUACAGAUGUCUUGCUGACUGAAAAUGCACCGCAUGUGGAGUUUCUCUGCUGCUCAUCAGAUGACUUUCCAAGGAAUUCGUAUUGAUUUCCUCACAGAUCUGCCUUAGGGGUCUAACAGACUACAGACACUCAAGCACUGACAGAGUACAAACAUCACUUUGGUGCAUGUAAAAAGGGUCAUUACCAUACUUUUUCCAGUCAAACAGCUCCUUGAAAUUGUAAAUAAUUCAUGUGGUCAUGGAAAUGCCUUUACAGUUUGCUAGGCUCCAUUUCUGUGAAUGUGUCACUAUGUUCGGUCACAUGUCAACAUCUCUGUCCUUCACUGCCGCUGUCUGGCACAGCGUCACCUUCUGUUUAAAUGAAACAAGUGUACAGUUAAAACAAAAAAAGAAGAAAAAAAGAACAGCUAUGGGACUUUUUUCUGUGAUUAAGUAUUUCGUUCAGAUGAAAUGAAGACAUUAUAGUUUCGUAUCUAGGUACAUCUAUUAUUUUUGUUCAUCAAGGGAAAAAACUGAAUAAAUAUAACUUGAACAUUCA